GACGCGGUCGCCUCACAGCGACGUCAUCGCUCGUUGAGCACAAGCCCCGCCAAUCGGUCAUCAAGACCGUCGACGCCCUUGCCUGGCUUUAACUGCUUCGGACUUGAACUUGCCAUUUCCGACCUUACUUUUGCACGUUGACUGUGAUUUACGUCCAGCAGUUCAGUAACUAACUACGGAGUACCAUGUGCGGCCGGUACGCCUUGGCUUUGCGCCCCUCGCAGAUCCGCCAGAUGCUCCUGGACGACGACAUGCCCGUCGAUGACGCGCCCGCCGACGAGGGCGACGGCGCCCCGCGCCAGAGCUACAACUUCGCGCCGGGCUACCACGGCAUCGUCUACCGCGCCGAUGUGCCCGAUUACGGCGCAGGCCGCCCCAGCAGCCAUCACCACCAGCAUGCCGCCCACGGCGCUGCCGAACCCGACAUCGCAGAACCGGAACUGGAACCGGAACAGCAGCGAGAAGACGCACAAGCACAACCGCCCUCUUCUACCCCUGCCCAACCUGCCCAACACCACCGCUACAAACUGCAGUCCAUGAAAUGGGGCCUCGUGCCCUCCUGGACCCGGCGCCGCCCAGACUACGGCGCGAUGCUCAAGACGAUCAACUGCCGCGCCGACUCGCUCGCCUCGCCGGGGGGCAUGUGGGCGUCGAUGAAGGCGCGCAAGCGCUGCGUCGUCGUCGCCCAGGGCUUCUACGAGUGGCUCAAGAAGGGACCCAAGGAGAAGGUCCCGCACUACAUCCGCCGCAGGGACGGCCGGCUGAUGUGCUUUGCCGGGCUGUGGGACUGCGUGCGGUUCGAGGGCGGCGACGACCCGGGCGGUGGCGCUGGCGGUGAUCAUGAUGGGGGGAAAGGGGGGAGGGAUGGCGAUGCGGGACGGCUGUACACGUACACCAUCAUCACGACGGACAGCAACGCGCAGCUAAGGUUCCUGCACGACCGCAUGCCCGUCAUCUUGGAGCCCCGGUCCGAGGCGAUGUGGACGUGGCUCGACCCGGGCAGGGCCGAGUGGAGUAAGGAGCUGCAGGCGGUGCUGCGGCCGUUUGAGGGCGAGCUGGAGGUGUAUCCGGUCGCGAAGGAGGUGGGGAAGGUGGGGAACGACUCGCCCAGCUUUGUCAUCCCGCUGGCGAGCAAGGAGAAUAAGGGGAAUAUUGCGAACUUCUUUGCCAAGGGGAAGGCGGAGAAGGGCACGCUCACGCCGGAAGUGGAGAUCGAGGAAGAGGGAAAGGGGACAAUGAAAAAGGCGGCGGAGGAGGUAGCGGAGCGGGCUGAUGACGGCGGGAUGGGCUCGCCGAAAAGGGGCGUCAAGCGGGAGGCGGAAGGGUCGCCGGCGAAGGGAGAACCGCCGACCAAGAAGGCUGCUUCGGGCAAGGCGGCGUCGCCGGUCAAGGCAAAACAGCAGCAGGCUCGGGCCAAGAUCAGCGCGACCAGCAAUGCGGCCAGGAGUCCGGUGAAGAGCAAGGGCAAGGCGGGCGGGAGUCAGAAGAUUACAAAAUUCUUUGGCAACAGUGCGUAGGGCUUGGGGGGGUUGGAUCGGCGUUUGGGGGAGUAUGGCGCAUUGAGCUGCGUUUUGGAUAUCCUACUUUGACGAAGAUCCGAGAAUGAAAUCUGUCGAGCAAUCUUUUCCGUCAAUGGAGAGAUGGGGCAAUUCUGGACGCACGACCGUCGUGUACGGUAGGGAAAGGGCUGCUGCGGUUUCCGUUUUCAAAAUAUAACGAAGAGCUAACUCUGGCUACAGGCUUGCGUGGAUAGGUAUCUCUCUCCGAUCUACUUCAAGGCCAAUACCGCUUGAGGCCCAGCCUCACAGCACGAAGCGUAGCGAAUGUUACGCCAACGAGCACCAACGCGAAAAGCACGAGCCACAGGGGCUCCCAGCGGCUGAAGUCCGGCCCUGUCGGCGUCACGCACUCUGG